GGCAGAUUCACCGCGCUGCUCUCCGGGGCACUCCCAGGCAGAUGCAGCCACGCUUCUCUGAGUAUUUGUAAUUACGGCCCUGGAAAAGGAAAGCUGACCGGCUUUCCAGCAGGAAUCCAGCGCUUUCAGGGCAAGAGCUCAGACCGUUCCAGUCAGCUCCUCUGAGAAGGUUUAAAACAAAACAACAACCCCGGGCCUAACAAACAGCGCCUUUCUAAAUCUGCCUAGGGAGAUAUUUGAUAUUUUAUGUUCACGGCCAACUUUGCAGCUUCUGAAUUUACCAAGCCCUUUCCCGAUUCUCAGCUCCCCCUCUGCUCCUCACUUUUUUUAAUUGGAAGGCAAAGCAAUUACGGCCGCGGGAAGGAAAAUCCGAGCUUUGAGGAGCUUUUCCCUGCUCGUUCCCAUCGGGCACGCUCUCCCAGGCUGGGUGCCCCGGCUAAUUGCUCAGGAAAUCCGCGCUGCUCACUGUCGGGCUGUCCUUAAGCUGCUAAUUCCGAGCUGGGAGAGGCUCUGGAAGGGAAUCCAUGUCUAGAGCCCCGCGAGAGGGACCCAGCGGAGACCCGGGGCGGGGCGGGCUCCGACGCUAAUAACACAUCCCCGCCCAAUGGAAAGCGUUUCCUAUGGAGACCCCCAGGAGUUCCCCCUGCCCACAACCCCUGCCCAGACAUUGGGCCCAUUCUUGCGUCCCGUUUUCCCAAGACACGAUGGCAGCAGCGCUCGGCAGCCCCGAUCCCGCUCGGAACAAAGGCCGGGCAGCUGCCACCCAGCGCGGAGUUUGAGGAUGAGCGGCUGAACUUGGACAAAGUGGGAUUUUCCGCGUGGGAAUAACGCGGUUCGUGUCCCAGGGGCACAAAGGACCGCUGCGGGCUGUCAGGGAGGGAUCCCGUGGAAGCACCGAGCCGUGGGAAUGGUGGCGGUCCCGGAUGAAAGGAUCCAUGAGCCAGAUGCGGUAGGAAGGAGUCCAGCCACCUCCCUGGAAUGUGUUCCUUCGGGAAGGGACGAGCUCCCUGCCUUAUUUUAUGGAUGUCACUGAAGUAGACUUUGAAAGCCUUUGGAAGCCCAUCCCAGUCUUGGCAUGGGAAACCACAGCAACAACCAUACCUGCCUGACAGAUGAUUCCUUCAAGUACAACCUGUAUGGAGCCGUGUACAGUGUGGUCUUUAUCCUUGGCUUGAUCACAAACUGCGCCUCCCUCUUCGUUUUCCUCUUCCGGAUGAAGAUGCGGAGUGAGACGGCCAUUUUCAUGACCAAUCUGGCGGUUUCGGACUUGCUUUUUGUCUUCACUUUGCCCUUUAAGAUUUUUUACAACUUCAACAGGCACUGGCCCUUCGGGGACACCCUGUGCAAGAUCUCUGGCACAGCUUUCCUCACCAAUAUCUACGGGAGCAUGUUGUUCCUCACCUGCAUCAGCGUGGAUCGCUUCCUGGCCAUCGUGUAUCCCUUCCGCUCCCGCACCAUCCGCACCAGGAGGAAUUCGGCCAUCGUCUGCGCUGGCGUUUGGAUCCUGGUCCUCAGCGGUGGAAUUUCGGCCUCGCUGUUCUCCACGACCAACGUGUCCAACACCAGCACAACCUGUUUCGAAGGGUUCUCCAAAAGGAUCUGGAAAACCUACCUGUCCAAGAUCACCAUAUUUAUUGAGGUGGUGGGAUUCAUCAUCCCUCUGCUGCUCAACCUCACGUGCUCCUCGCUGGUUCUCCGGACUUUACGGAAGCCGGCUACCCUGUCCCAGAUUGGGACGAACAAGGAGAAAGUGCUGAAGAUGAUCAUCGUGCAUGUGGCCAUCUUUGUCGUGUGCUUUGUCCCCUACAACUCCAUCCUGUUCCUGUAUGCGCUCGUGCGCUCCCAGGCCAUCGCCAACUGCUCCCUGGAGAGGUUUGCCAGGACCAUGUACCCCAUCACGUUGUGCAUCGCCACCCUCAACUGCUGCUUUGACCCCUUCAUCUACUACUUCACCUCUGAGUCCUUCCAGAAGUCCUUCAACAUCAAAACCCAGAUCAAAAUGGAUUCUCUUUUCAAGACAGAGAUGCCGCUCACAAAGACGGCGCUGCCAGCGCCGCAGGAUGAGAUCAGUGACCAGGCCAUCACCAACGGAGGAGAUCCCACAUCUGAAUCCCAUUUCUAGGGAGAUGUUUACACAGGGAGUUAUCCCCCGUUAACUCCUGAUGAACACCAUGAGGCAAAGAGCAGUUCUAGAAAGUGGGGGUUCACACAUGGGGUUAAUGAAGAAGAGCUGCUGAGAGAUCCUCGCACUGGGAUGGUCCCAUCACAUUCCACAGGUGAACUCAAAGUAGGAAAAUCUCAAUGGAUCUCCCUUUGGAGCCUAUGGAUAGGCUAUAACACAUGCAUCAACUCAGGAGGGAACAGAACAGUUUUUUUAACCAGAAGAUGCCAACAUUUGGCAUUUUCCCCUCUCAGCAGUUGACAUGGGACCAGUUGGGAAAUAGAAAAUUUCAUUUCCUUAGAGAUUCCUGCCAAUAUUUCUGCCUUCUGGAGGUGCAUCCUCAUUCUCCUAUGUUAACUCAGUAACUUCCCACAAUAUGUAUGUUUGCUUACAAAGGCAUAAUAAAAGCUUGUGGCUUUUCCUGAC